AUGCAACCGCGUAAUCAGCUGGGUUCGCCCAACAGCACGUACAGCGGCCUUGACAACCUGGACGUCUGCAGCGCAUCCCUCGCAACAGCCCCCAACAGCAGCAACACCAGCAGCAUCCAGCAGCAACACCACCACCACCAACAGCAGCAGCAGCCGACAUUCAACAUGGCAGCAGCGCCCCACCAGCAGUACCACCCACCCGACAGGUCGCAGCACCCGCGCCAGAGAUUCACUCGCGAGGUUUCGCCACAACAGCAGCCAUACAUGCAAGACAUGGGCUCUUAUCGAGCGUCAAUCUAUUCUGAUGUUGGGGUUCAUGCUGAGCAGCCGCCACAGCGCACGCAGAGCUACGUCCAGCACUCUGGGAGGCCUCAGCACCAGCACCACCAGCAGCAACACAUGCACAGCCAGCGCAUGGCAAUGAGCGAGCAGCAGCCGCCCCCACCGUACCAGCAGAUGCGGCCUCGACCUCCGCCGCACCAGUACCACCAGCAGCAGCCGCAGCAGCAACAGCAGAAUCCUGGGCAUUUCCAGUACCCUUCUGCGAUGGUAGUGGGCGGUGGAAUGCAGCCAAUGAACCCGCCACCACCACCAUAUGGCAGCCAGGGCAUCCACCCUCAGCAACGCGAACGCGACUUUACUAACAUUGCUGGCCACCGUCGAGGCAACCAAAAGCAGCGUUUCAAGCAGCUGCAGCCGUUCAAUGGCAACAGCUCAAUGGAUUUUGGCGCCAGCUCGAACCGCUACCGGCCAGAGCCCCGUGCAGGCAUCGCUGAGCCCACAGCCCGGCGCAGCGCGUCGUCGUCGUCUGGUGGCUAUCGUGCUGCCCCCAAUGGAUCCAUGUACACCGCGCAGCGCAGGCCGCUGCCAGGAGCACAUGAGCCACAAUCAGCUGCCAGCGCCGGUCGGUACGGGCCGCCGCCGGGCAUGGACAGGUACGGGAGCGCCAAUGGAUCCCAUUCAGUGCGCAACGGGCACCCUGGAUCUCGCAGCACGCCCGAUCUGAACAUGGGCGCUAUGAAAAUGGCGAUCAAUGCGGUGGCCAGCGAUAUUGGCAGCAACCCGGUGCCACAGAUUCCCGCAGCCAUGCAGCAGCAGCACCAGCGCGUAGCCCCGCUCAGCGUGCAGACUGACAUUGCAGGGUCGGCGUCAAUGGGCAGCAGUGCAGCCAAUUCUCAGAUAGCUCCAGCAGCCAAUCUCGACAUGCAGCUGCCGCGCCAGCAGCACAGCAAGUCGUCCGACAACGUCCAAGAGGUUGCUGGCGGCAGCGCCACCAACACCUAUGCGCUAGAUUCAGCUAAUGGCACCUCAUCCCCGCGUGUCCAUGGCACGGGCGUGUCACCCUCGGGCACUCUUCGCCACCAGAACCAGCCAGUCAAUCCAGAGCUUGUUGAGCUGCUGAAGGGCGUCAAGCCUGUGUACCCGGCGAUGCUGUCAGCGGUGGCCAAAACAUUCAGCGAGGUCAUGGGACAGGUGCUUCAGACGCAUACACGCAACGGGCUCGAGUACACGCAGUGCUUCACUGGCCGCGAGGCAGUAGAUGCCAUAUGCGUGAUCAUCCAGACCAACGACCGCAACCUGGCAGUGGUUGUGGGUCGUGCCGGCGGUCUGCGCGAUGACCCGAACGAGCUGUUUGCGUUUGAAACUGAUGUGCAGCGGGCGCAGCUUAUAAAAGACGUGCCGAGCAUUGACGCUGGCGAUGAUGAUGACGACGACGAGGAGGAGGAAGACAUUGACGGCAACGAUGCGCGCACUCUGACCCCGGCGGGUGCGCCAAUUGGGGAUCUGCGGGUCAACGGUGUGUUUGUUAUGCUGACCGACUGCUAUUCGCCGACAUGCUCGAGCAGCCAGCCAUGCUACAGCGUUACAUGCCCGCGCCAGCGCUCGCAGCAAGACCACCUGCGCAAGACGGCAAAGAAGAACGUCGCUGCGGAGAUGAAGAACGAGAAGAACUGGAGCAAAUCGGUGCCCAAGGAAAUUGUGGCCUCGGUGACUCGCAAGGAGCUGGACCGCCAGGAGCGCAUCUUUGAGAUCUUUAACGGCGAGCGCAACUACGUCCACGACCUGUGUGUAGUGCGCGACCUGUUCAUGCGGCCAUUGCACAACAGCGAUGUCAUCGACGAGUCGCGCCGCAAGAACUUCAUCACAAAGGUGUUCAAGAACGCGCUGGCCAUUCUGGCAGAGAACUCUGGGUUCCAGCGUGCACUGGAGAAGCGGCAGAAUGAGAAUUACAUCUGCUACCAGAUCGGCGAUAUCUUCACGCCGUUUGUACAGCGCCUGGAGCCGUAUCUGGAGUACGGGGCCAAUGCGUCGUACAGCAAGCACUUUUUGGACGCCGAGAAGAAGCAAAACAGGAAGCUAGUCGACUUUCUGGAGAAGACGUCGCGCAACCCCGAGUGCAGGAAGCUUAACAUCCAGCACUUUAUGGCCCUGCCGACUACCCGCCUGGCACGGUACCCGCUGCUGCUGCGCGAGCGAUCCCCGUAUGCCAUCAGCCGCAUCGAGGCCAUGCUGCAGCGCAUCAACAUUGAGGCUGGAAAGUCAUCGAACCGGCUGCGGCUGUACUAUGUUGACGAGAUGCUCAUGUGCUCGUCCAGCGACCGCAACGAUCUGCGGCUGACUGACGACCAGCGGAAGCUGGUGCGCGACGGCGAGCUGCGCAAGCGCGGCGGCAACGACAACUCCAAGAUCAAGGUGCUGCUGCUCGACCACAUGCUGCUGAUGUGCAAGUGCAAGCUGGACCCGAGCACAUCAGCCGAAAAGUACACCAUUUACAAGCACCCGAUUCCGCUGCAGCUGCUGACCAUCUGCAACCCCGAGGAUCCGACGUCGAUGCGUCCGCGCAUGGCUGCUAGGCGCGAUUCACAGAGCGCGCCCAUGUCUCCGGGCGGCACAAUCGGCGUUGGUCGCUCCAAGUCGAUGGGCACAGUCGCGACACAGACCCAGCAGGCGUCGCCAGCACCUCUGGACGCGACACCGACCUCGGCCACUGCACUCACGAUUAACGACGACGCGAAAAAGUACACGUUCCCGCUGCAGAUUACGCAUCUUGGACGUCGCGGAUUCACAGUAACGCUGUAUGCCAGCCAGCUUGCUGAGCGUGACAAGUGGUACCAGAAGAUUGAGCAGCAGCAGAUGGAGCUGAUGGAGCGGCACCGCAAGUUCGAGAUGGUGCCUGUCGCCUGCCAGUUCCCGCCUGGCAUCCGCGUCAACACUGCUGACGUCUACGAUCACGGCCGGUGCAUUCCGCGGUCGUUCCAGCAGCUGACGCACCUGCGACACGACCGCGUAUACCAGGUGGAGAUCAACGAGAGGCUAAACGCCAUGGCCAUGAUCGCCGACAAGGACCGCAACCUGUAUGUGUACCCGCUUGAUCUGCUGAUGACGGCCACGUCAGGCAGUCGACAGACGACGCGCAUGAAGCCGCUGCACACGCAUGUGUCGUUCUUCCGCUUUGGCCACUAUCUCGACCAUCGACAUUUUACGAUCAUCCACGUCUACAAGCCUGUGGUCAGCGGCCAAAAGAACCGGUCUCUGGGCCGCUUCCUGUCGUUUGGCGGCGACACGGCUGCCGACAGCUGGAAGAGCAUCAAGGAGUGCUAUAUUGCGGCCGAGUCGACGUCGCUGCACUUUUUGCGCUCGCGCCUCUGUGUCGGCUGCAGCCGUGGCUUCGAGAUCGUUGAUCUGGCAACAAUGAACACGCAGUCGCUUUUGGACCCCUGCCGACACCGCGACACGACGCAUCCUAUUUCGCUAUUCCGCGUGCACGACGGCGAGUUCCUGCUGUGCUACGACGAGUUUGCAUUCUACGUGAACCGCAAUGGCCAGCGGGCGCGCUCCAACUGGAUGAUCCACUGGGUCGGCAGCCCGACGUCGUUCAAGCUGCAGUAUCCGUACAUCCUGGCCUUCGAGAGCUCGUUCAUUGAGGUCUACCACGUGGAGACUGCUGCCAUCGUGCAGGUCAUCAUCACCGGCAACUGCAGCUCGCUGUCGCCCAACAAGCUGGACGCCCAGGAGGUGAUGCGCAUCCAGCACAUCCUGGCCAAGGACCCAAUCUAA